CAACAUUAUUUCUCUCUACAAUUUUUUUGAACAAAAUAAAGAUGGAGGGGAGUUCUUCAAAGGGAAAGGCGAUUCAAGGGGGGAAGGGGAAAGAGGAGGUGAAGUAUCGCGGCGUCCGGCGACGGCCGUGGGGGAAAUACGCGGCGGAGAUACGCGACCCGACGCGGCAGGGGGCGAGGCAGUGGCUGGGAACUUAUGAUACGCCGGAGGACGCCGCCAGGGCAUACGACCGGGCGGCAUUUAAACUGAGGGCUCAUCUUGCGAUCUUGAACUUCCCUAAUGAGUAUUAUUCUCAGCUCCCCAACCCUCCUUGCUACUACCCCUCGGUUACGCGCGCCGGCGGUGGCCCGGAGAAGGCCAGCGGCCCUUCCACCGGGAAACCGAAAGAGGUUUUCGAGAUUGAGUACGAAGAUGGCCUGUUGGAGAGGCUUCUAGACGGAGACGAUUAGAAGAAGAGAGUUUGAUGAAAUUAAGGUUUAUGUUCUGUAACAUAGUACUCCGUCCUUUGAUCUACUACUUUUUUCAUGGCAUUUUGCUGGUUAGUUUUUUACUUUUUUUUUUUUUUGUUUCUAUAUUUGGGGUAUGGCUUUCCAAUUCUCCCAUAAGUAGAAACUCGAUCGAGCUUAAUUUCCCAAUCUGCUUCUCAUCUAUGGUCUGUUUGGUACAACAUUAUUGUUAUCACCAAACCCUUUUCUUGUGUUCUUUUUUAUUUGGGAAGAUUAAUGAAAGGGUUCAUGUAUUUCCUUU